AGCAUGCGCAGUGCGUGACAAGAAAACGGCGAAGAUUCAAAGUUUUCCUUCGGUUCUUUUACGCGUGCACCGAGCUGUAAAAAAAGGAAGACUAUGUUUGGCUUUCACAAGUCAAAGAUCUACCGGAGUAACGACGGCUGUUGCAUCUGCAAAACCAAGUCAUCCAGCUCGCGUUUCACAGACAGCAGCCGAUAUGAAGACACAUUCCGGCUCUGUUUUGGGCUGUCUGAGGACCGUGUCGGAGACAUCUGCAAUGCCUGCGUGUUGUUGGUGAAGAGAUGGAAGAAACUCCCCAAUGGCUCCAAAAAGAACUGGAACCACGUGGUGGAUGCCAGAGCUGGACCGGGCUUCAAAGUGACAAAACCCAAAAAGAUCAAGAACAGCGAUGGCAAGAAGAAAAGCAAGUUGAAGAGGCUUCACAAGUUGAAGAGGCAAAUAGACUCGGAUGCUCACAGCACGACCUCCAGCGUGUCUCCCGCCCAGUCGCCCAGCUACAGCAACUUGUCCGACGACGGCUCGGACAUCGAGUCCAAGCAAAGACGCUCAUCACCUUCCGCUUUCUCUUUCUUGGACCGCUCCUACUGGAAAAGGCAAAAGGUUUGCUGUGGGAUCGUGUACAAGGGCCGCUUCGGUGAGGUGAUCAUCGAUCCUCGAGUCUUUAAGCCCUGCUGCAAUUCCAAAACCCAGAAGACUCUGGCGUCCACGCAAGUUCCCUCCAUCCUUCCGGAAACACUCCCGCCACAACUCCCGGAGGACAGAAACCUGGUGAUGGCUCUUGUUUAACCUCGCAAGAGUUGUCCAAGAAACUCACCCGGAAUUUGUCUCCAGUGGCAGACUUCCCUUUUCCCAUCUUCUUUCGAUCAGUUGGUUAGAUGUAUUUUUUUUCCACAUAUGGAUAUUAUUUUAACAUUUGUAUAGUUUCUUUUCUUUUUUUUUAAAUACAAAACACAAAAAACAAAAAAAAAGAUGAACUAAUGGGCAUUAGUUUUAUUUAUAGGAAGAGGAGAAAAAUUCUGCUAAAACUCAUUAUUUUUUGGUUAUCCAUGUGUUUGGUGUGUAAAUAUUUUGUCACUUUCAUACAUAUCAAGACUGUUCUAUUUUUCCAUGAUAUGCAUUUUGAAAAAAAAAAAAAACACCAGCUAUUUCCAAUAUCAGUUCCCUCCCCCCUCUGUGUUGGAAUUACUCCUGCACAUGAUGCUGCAAACUUUUUAUCCUGUCGUCUAUUUCACUUUUUAGGAGAGUACACACGAGGGUGGAUGCUAGCGACACGUUCCGAGCAAAAUGAAUUAAAUUCGAUUUUAAUAUUUUUGUCAAAGAAAGCAAUUGUGAUGUUUUUGGCAGAUGAAGCAUGUCAUGCAUCAUUUUUUUUUGUUUGUUUUUAUCAAUACUUGGAGCACAUUGAUCUGAAUAGAUGUGAUUAGAAGAUGCAUGCAGUAUGUUUCUCUACCUUUUGGAGGCGAAUAAAUUGUUUAUUUAUUUCAUUUGUAUAGCCACCAAUGAAAUGACUUUUUUUUCUUUUUUGUAAAUAGUUAUGCUCCACGCAAACAAUUCUUUACAAGAAUGGGAAACCACUACUUAAGCUUUUUAUGCCAUUCCAGUUUACCAUUCCUAUUGACAAAUAUGCCAAAACUCCAUUCAAAGCUCAGAUGUAUUUUUAUUUGGUUCAAAGUUCAGGGAAGUAUAAUAUAUUCGAAAUAGUGUGCGUAGGUGACUGCAUGUGAUUUGUCAUGUCAACUGUCAAAAACUAUGCAGACAUUCUGAAUGUGCGACUUGGGGUCAAUCGCCGUCUCUCAGUGUGACGUGACCUUGGUCCUGAUUCUACCAAAUUGAAUUGUAUAAAGAGCCCAUAAUCACCAUUCAUUGUUAUCAUCCCAAAUAUGUCUAAUGUUCAUGAUGCUCAGGUUGCACCACUGUGAUAGCCAGGGCACGCUGUCUCUACGCCCCCCCCCUCCCCCUCCUUUUUUUGGGUUAAACCAUCAGAACUGCUCUUGAUGGUGGCAGGGUUAUUUUAUUUUGUUAAGGUUCUCAUUGAAAGGAGAAUGGCUGGCUCCUUUUUAAACUGCUUAAUAAGCUUUUUGGCAUGUGCAUUUUUGAAAGUGAGAUGUGCCUUAAUGAGUUACCUGACCUUGUCUUCUCAUGUAAUUUAUAUUUAUUUAUUGCAGAAGGGUUUUUUCUUUUUCUACCGAGAUAGCUGGUGUAGAGCGUUUUUCCAAAUGUUUUUGCGCACUUCCCGUGAACAUGCAAACUUACAAUGUUUGUUCCUCAAUUUUUGUAUACUGUACCACCGUGUAGAGCUGUACUGUAAUAAGUUGAAAUCGAAUAAAACGGUGUCAUUGA